GAUAUGACUACUGCUGUUGACACAUUGAGGGGUGAUCUGAAGGAGUAUUCAAAGUUCAAUUCUGAUCUGUAUAAUGAGCUAACUUGGCUCUUGACUAAGACCAAUUUCAGAGAACACUCUGAACUGGCUAAUUAUACUACUCACUCUGAGGGAAGAACUAUGCUAGUAAGUGAGCUCAAGAUGUUGUUCAUGGCGCAUCCCAUUAUCAAGGAGAAGACAAAACUUCCUGCAGUAGAAAGAGACAGACUAAAAAAUCUGAUGGCUCAAAGUAUCAAGUGGCAGCAUUUCCAAUGUGCAAAUUCUGUUCCAGAUAUAACUAUGGGAAGUCUUUUGGAGGAUCAUCGUUGCCCUUCACAUGCCGUGCAUGGCUUUGCUGUCUCGACGAGCGGUCAGAACUUUGCUGGCUCGACGAGCGGUCAGAACUUUGCUGGCUCGACGAGCGCUCAGAACUUUGCUGGCUCGACGAGCAGUCAGAGGACUCAUAACCGUGAGUGA